AUGGAUUUUGGGGCCCUGGAGACGGUGGUGGCCAAUUCUGCCUUCAUCACCGCUCGGGGUAGCUUCGACGGGAACGCGGCACAGGUGGCCCGGGACAGGAAAUACCAAGCGAGGCUCCGGCUCCCGCCCCUGUCCAAGUGCGAGGCCCUGCGGGACAGCCUGGACCUGGACUUCGACAGCAUCUGCUCCCAGCAGCCCAUAGGCAAGCGGCUGUUCCGCCAGUUCCUCAGGGGGGAGGCCCAGCACGGCCCCGCGGCCCAGCUCUGGGAGGCCAUCGAGGACUACGACACGGCCGCCGACGAGUUCCGCCUGCAGAAAGCCCAGGCCGUCCUGGCCCGGUUUCUGGCCCCCGGGGCCGAGCUCUUCUGCGGCUUUCUGGAGGAGGAGACGGUCCGGGCGGUGGAGGAGAGGCAAGCGGGCCUGCCGGACGGGCUUUUCCGGCCCAUCCUGCGGGAGACCAUGAGGCACUUGAGGGAGGCCCCGUUCAGGCAGUACCUGGACAGUCUGUACUUCCUCCGGUUCCUUCAGUGGAAAUGGCUAGAGUCCCAGCCCGUGGGCGAAGACUGGUUCUUGGACUUCAGGAUCUUGGGAAAAGGGGGUUUUGGGGAGGUGUCCGCCUGCCAGAUGAGGGCCACGGGAAAGAUGUACGCCUGUAAAAAGCUGAACAAGAAGAGGCUGAAGAAAAGGAAAGGUUACCAAGGGGCUAUGGUGGAGAAGAAGAUUCUAGCAAAAGUCCACAGCAGGUUUAUCGUCUCUUUGGCCUAUGCCUUCGAAACCAAAACUGACCUCUGUUUGGUGAUGACCAUCAUGAAUGGAGGAGAUAUCAGGUAUCACAUCUAUAACGUAUCCGAGGAGAAGCCCGGUUUGGAGGAGCCGAGGGCGGUCUUUUACAUCGCCCAGAUCAUCAGCGGGAUGGAGCAUCUGCACCAGAAUAGGAUCGUGUACCGAGACCUGAAGCCGGAGAACGUCCUCCUGGACAAUGACGGCAACAUCCGCAUCUCUGACCUUGGACUGGCCGUGGAGCUGAAGGAUGGGCAGACCAAGACCAAGGGCUACGCGGGCACUCCAGGCUUCAUGGCUCCGGAGCUGCUGCGGGGGGAGGAGUAUGGCUUUUCCGUGGACUAUUUUGCCCUGGGCGUCACCUUGUAUGAGAUGCUCGCUGCCAGGGGUCCCUUUCGGGCCCGAGGAGAAAAGGUGGAGAACAAGGAGCUCAAACAGAGAAUCCUCUCCGAGCCGGUGAAAUACCCAGAGAAGUUCAGUCGGGCCAGUAAGGACUUCUGCGAAGCUCUGCUCGAGAAGGACCCGGAGAAGAGGCUGGGAUUCCGAAACGGGAAUUGCGACGAGCUCCGGGCCAACGCCCUGUUCAGGGAGAUUAACUGGAGGCAGCUUGAAGCCGGGCUACUGAUCCCGCCAUUCAUCCCCGACUCCAGAACGGUCUAUGCCAAGAACAUCCAGGACGUUGGGGCCUUCUCCACGGUCAAAGGGGUCAUCCUGGAAAAAGCAGACACGGAUUUCUUUCAGGAAUUUGCCACCGGCAACUGCCCCAUACCCUGGCAGGAAGAGAUGAUCGAGACGGGCAUUUUCGGAAAACUGAACGUCUGGCGUGCCGACGGCCAGAAGCCGGACGACAUGAGGGACGGUCCCGGGGAGGAUGAGACGGCCUCUUCGUCCAAGUCUGGGGUGUGUCUCGUCUCCUAG